AUGAUGCCUACACAUCAAAGACGAUUCAGGAUAUCCGUAUCACCAACAAGACGACUUCAUACUGAUCCAUCGGGUAGUGACACUGAUACGAGCACUGGCAAACGCCGCUACGUGAUAAAGCAACAAGUAAUGCCCGGUUCAACGUCGAGCGUUUUAACCACCCCAGAUAUGACUCAACCGACAUCAAUCGCCGGCAUAACAAAUUCCCUUUCUCCAAGAGCACCUCGCGUUCAGUUCGGUGACGAUGACUCUCCAAGAAUCGAACAUCAACCUGAAAUCGAGCCCAAGGUGCAUGCGACACCGCUGAAUCAAUAG